AUGGCAUCGGUGCAUUGUCCAUUCGACAGGUCCAUCGCAGGGUCCAUCGCGACCACGCAGGUCGCCGACCACGCCACGUCAGGACGCCUAGUUCUGAGCGUCCUUGCGCGCACUUUAGUGCGCUGCCUCGCUGACGGGAAUGACGUCGAGCGCUUGCUUCGAGCGCCGCCUACCGACGUCGUGGAUCCUGCCUUGACGAGCCUUUUGUACAACGCCGUCCAGGAACACGACCCGACAGUACCCGCGCUCCCCUUCCAUGCCGUGCCGACCCUCUACGGUCUCGUCGCUGGAGCGCUCCCGCUCUUUAGCGCGAUCAACAUCGUCGACCUCAUUCUUGUACCGCAAGUGUGGCGCCACGUCACCCUGCAGGCGCACACCAAGGUCGUCGGCGGGUUCUACAGCGCAUCUAGCGUCGACGACUUUGCCGCAUGGACAGCCAACAUGAUCGAGGUCAACCUCGUCGACCAGGACGGAUCGACCUGUCCGAAGCUGCGCUCGAUCGGCUACGUGAGCAGGGCCGCCGACGGCGCGCCGACCGUCGACACUUUGGCGGCCCUCGCAACGUCCCAGCUUCGAACGCUAAGUCUCUGCAAGCUCAACGCGAGUCAACGCGCCUUGGACGCGCUGGCGCAGGCGCUUUUGCAGUCGAGAACGCUCGCUACCCUCACGAUCUGUACCUGA